UAUAUAGAAGGUAAUGAAGGCUGUCUGACCGUGAGACUGAUGUGUCAGCAGCUCGUAAUAAAUAUGCCGAAGGCGGCUAAAGAUGGCUCAUCUUUAUCGUCCACUCCUUUCUUCCGAAUGCAACGUUAGCUGCAAGAAGGCUCGCAACUCAACUCAACAGACCCUCCAGCACCGGGCGGUCAGCUCAUCUCAGCCCACAGAAAGCAGCCUGUUUUCGGCGAGUCUUCUGUGAAAUAUUCCGCUGGUUUUCACGUCUCCGUAGCGGUUAUACAUGAGAUUUAACUGUACUAUUUCAUCAGUCUUCAUACGUUUUAAUGUGCUGUCAGAGACUGAUGUUGUUCACCGGUUACGUCUGUUUGAGGACAGAGUUUAGAUUCAUAACUUCAUGUUUAAAUGUAACUUUAACGUAUUGUCUGUAACCGCAGAGUUGUUACUGUAAUGAUUAAAUGAGACAAAAGCUUUUUAAAUAGUAAAAUAUUUAAGUCAAAAACUGAAUUAAAACGUAUUAGCAAGACCAGCUGACGUGGUGACGUCAUCAAGUCAGCUGCUGUUCCAAUUGCGGAAAUGUCCGUUCUCUGUUCUCCCGAACCUGCGAGUCACGACUCCCGAGUCUGUCUCCCGAGUCUAUUCUUGCGGGAACGCAAGUCCGUUCUCCCCCUCUCAGGUAUUGAGAAAGGGCCUAGGUAAUGGAUGACUCACGAGUCGCGAGGUUUUUAGUGUGGACUACAUCCAUCCUGAGCACAGUUGUAGAAGCUCAACAGGUGAUUGGAGGAAACGUGAACGUGGUGCAAGGAGGGACGGCCAUCUUGCCGUGCAAACUCAUCGAUGCUAAGGACCCCCUCACACAGAUCGCAUGGAGGAAGAAACCCUGGGAGGACAAUUUCAUUUUGAUUAACCCUACAAUUGGAAUGAAAUUCAUCAACGGAGUGGAUAAACGAUUUGAAUUUUUUGGGGACGUUGGUGACUACAAUGGAUCACUACGAUUUUCGAACAUCACUUUGAGAGAUGAAGGCACCUACAAGUGCGUCUUCACUUUGUUCCCCAACGGAAAUGUCCAGACGGAGAUACUUCUAAACUUGCUUGUGCCUCCGGUCACAAGCCUUGAGGAUAAUCGUCCUAUUUUGGGUAAUGAAGAAGUUCCCCUCGUUACGUGCAAAGCAGCUGGUUCCAAGCCUGCUGCAGAGGUUCGGUGGCUCAAAGGUACUUUGGGAGAAGAAGUGAGGGAAACAACUAAUGUCACCCGUCAUGACAACGGUACGACAACCACAGUCAGCUCGCUGUCUGGAGUGCCGAGCAGAGAAAUACACGGUCACUUUAUUGAGUGUAUCGUCACUAAUGCAGCCCUGUCACAAGAGGAGAGGCUGCCUUUCAACAUCCAGAUCUACUUCUCACCCAUUGAAGUGAACAUCAGCAAGAAAUCGGAGGAUGCAUUUCAAUGUUUGACUGAAGCCAACCCACAUGCAGAUAUUACCUGGAGCAGAUCCGACCAUUCUAGGCUUCAGUCUACUGUCAAAGUAGAGGGUGCAAUGCUACGGUUUGGGAGCAUGACCUCGGACCUGAAUGGCCUCUAUCAGUGUGAAGCGUCUAACCUAUAUGGAAGAAAGCACAGUUUCAUCUAUGUGCAUGUGACUUCUGAAGCCUGCAGUGCCUGUUGGACCUUAUUUGGGAUUUUGAUCAUCGUGAUCCUCGUUGGAGUCCCUGCUCUGUGUUACAUGUACAAGACGGGGAAAUUUCUAAGGACAGGGGAGGACACGCAUGGAGAGACGGGGACAGUCCAAGAAUUAGAGGGACUGGAAGCUGAGGGAGCUUGUGGAUAAACGUGGAAGCAACAAGCUAGAAGACAGUUGGCUAACUGCAAAGGACCCACUGCUGAGACCAUCGUAUGUUUAGGGGUUCAAUAUAUACAUAUGUUACAAAUGUUGUUAGGGCAAGCUAGGGCUGCACGGUAUACCAGUUCAAACACUACCAAUAUAAGAUUCCUGUAUGGCAGGUAACCCCACUCAAAUGAAUUAAGAGACAUUUUAUUGCACUCUGAAUCACUAAGAAUUAAUAACAGUCAAUCUCAAGAUAAAAACAAGGUCUACAAUGACUGAAUCUAAAAGAAGUCUCAGAGGUUCUGCUCCCCCAUAACAAUCCAGUAAAAGAGAUGCAUCUCUAUUUAAAAAGGACAAAUAAAAAAGGACAUCAGAUUGGGCCAGCCCGGACAGGGCUCAAUUGGGAAAUAAAGACCUGAGGACAAUUUGCUUACCAAAUGUAUUAAAAACCAAAUGGACGACAGAUUUCUAAAAGCAUCUAAAAACUCGAAUGAAAAAACUGAAUGGUCGCAACUCUGUCGAUGUCCUCCUGUGCACCUCUACUCCAUGCUGCCGCGCUCCUGUUUCGCGCCAGGCUCCUUAAAAAGGUGCCGAGUGGCACACCUGCCGUCAAUUUCUGGCACGCACCUGUUGACCCUAAUCAGAUGCCGUUAGCAGCAGUAGUUGACUACACGCACGCUCUCUGGUCUUGGCUCUGAUAUUUAUUGUUCACAGAUUGUGUUGCUUCAGUGAACAGAGCAGAGACAGUUUAAGGAGAUCGCAGAGUAAACAUGUUUGCAUCUCCACCAGUAUGUGGCAGAAUACGUGUAUUUAAACCAUAGAUUUAAUCAUAUUGAACGGUCAAUGUUAUUUGUCUAGGUUACAUAUGUCGAACUCGCCGUCAGCGAAACGUCAGUCGGACCGCCAGAAUCUAUUGUCCGGGAAAAACCCUGCUGAGUCCUUUGAUGGUCGCGUCAUUCUGUCACAAGGGUGGGUUGCUGGUGCGGAGGGAGGACUCAUACCCUUGGUCUUCUAGUGAGUGCUCUUUAAUUGUUCCAAAACAAGGCAGACGUGCGCAACCAACAGCAUGAGACAUAGACAAUGACGCGACAGGGGACAACAGGCACACAGGGCUUAAAUACACUAGGGAGGUGCAGGUGAUUGGACACAGGUGGAAACAGGUGGAAACAAUCGACAAUCACAGGACAAGGCAGUAAGUGAAACUAACCCAGGGAAACAAGAGACAUGAAACUACAAAAUAAAACAGGAAGCAGAACCAAACCGUGACAGUAACCUGGUUAACAAGAACAGAAAUGACCCACCACUCGAUUAACUUUACAGUAAAACAUUUGGAUACAUUUUCUGUUGAACAACUACUUAAAGAAGCCUGCUGAGUUUAGUUUGUGACUAGUUGUUUGAUUAUUGGUUAUUAUUUUAUUUAUUAUGUUCUAAUACAUGUGUCGUUGACUCAAAGAUGUCAGGUGCAUUGUAGCUUUGUCUGAGGAGCUAAUAUUACCUCCCUGAGAUGAAUCAUGGAGUCUAAUGUUUUGUUUAAACAUGAUUUUUCUUUCCAUACUUUCCAAUUGAAGUCUAUAUGUCAGCCCUGUGAGGCGGGGGACUUAAAAUCUAAUAAAAAAUAAGGUCUAGGUCUCCAUAAAAACAGGUUCUUGUUCAUCAGAGGAAGAACAGCAUGGAUCACAAGACUUAAAAGCGUGGUUAAAAGGAGGAUUUUAUUAUUAACUAAAAACCCAUAAAAAACUACAAUUUGUAUUGAAAAUCCAGCUGGAACAAAGUGCAAAAAAAGGAAUUGAAAUUCAACCAGCCACUGCUGCUGAUCCGUCCUGCCCUUUCUUCUAGUUUCCGGUUCCGUUCCCUUCCUGAGUGGGGUGCCCAAUACAUCUCGUUCUUCUCCUCGUAUGCACCCUGCCUGCUUGUCCGCUGUCUUGCCGUCCUCCACUGCUUGACUUCACUGUGGCUUCUGCUGUCCUGUGGCUUCUCCUUCCCGUGGCCUCUCUUCUCCCUCUCAUGCCGUGCUUAGUGUCCUUUAUAGCAGCUGUGUUAAUUGGAGAGGGGAGAUCCUUUCAUUGUGGAAUGUGGUUGGCCAGAGAUCUCUGUAAUUGAUUAGUCCCUCCAGGUGCAUGUAGUUUACUGAACGCUGGGUUUAUGGGUAAAAAUGUAAUAAAACAAACCAUGCUAAAAUGUAAUAAAACAAACCAUGCUAAAAUGUAAAAACAAGUUAUGCUAAAAUGUAAAACCAAUAAUUUACAGAAACCACAAUGUCCCCCUGGUGACAUCUAUUUCUCAAAUGUCAUUCCAUUUUCAGUUUUAAAACCAAAUGUUCUCUUGAAUAAUUUCCUGAACCUAAUGGCAUAUAUGUAUGUAUACACCAGUAUAUACAUAUGUCUUUAAGUUUAAGAAGCUUCAUAACUGGUGCAAGUGUGUCACAGUAUAAAUAUUGUUUUAGUUCAUAUUCUAAUAACAAUUUCAACUAUACAACCUCAGUGUUAGUCUGGCGUAUACACAUUUCAUUCAUUUUACUCAAAAGUCGGCAAAAUUGUGUAACAUUAAAGGUUAAUGAAGGUUAAAAGAAGUUAUAUGUUAAAACACUGCAACAAUAUUCACAGUGUUAAAAGUUGCACUUGUGUAACUGUUGAACUGUGUUCAUGAACCAUGUUCAUUCUGUAUUUAAUUUAGACCUCUGUUACCUGAGCUAAGCAGUUUGUUCAUGCUGGCAGCUACGUGAGAUGUACCAAAUGCGGAUGCAAGUAUGCAAACAUACAUUUAUUUGACAUGUCAACAUGCUAAAAUUUGUAUAAAAGUAUAAAAUGUAUAGUUAACGACUGAAAAUUUUUCUGGCCAUUUGUUUUUUGCUGUUUGUGUGUGUUUGUGUGUCUGUGUGUCCGCAGUAGUAUUUGUUGUUUUUUCUUUAGUAGUAGUAAUGGUUGGUUAUAGCAGUAGUCCCUAGUCUGAUUUGUUGUCCCAUUGAAAUGUAUUCAUGGUUUUCUUUUAGAUAUUCCCUUUAUUGUAUGCAAAGUUCAGCUUUUCAAUAUUAAUUUAUUUUUUCUAGAUUUAAAGCUAUGCAGAAGCCUCAAGUAUGGCUAUAGUCAGCCUAUACAUACAGUGUGUGCACAACAACAAUAAACGUGUAGUGUUGCAGCACAGCUGAAGCAGUAGAGCAGACACAGUGUGAAGGUUCAGUUAUGACCGUUUAACUGUCACAAAGCCACUCCUAUGGCACACGUGUUGAGAAAUAAAACGGUCUUUACUUUGCUGUUACUUUGUGUAUGUCUUGUAAUGAAGGAUUCAAGGAAUAAAAAAAAAAUAUAUAUUAACAGCCAAGUUUUGAUUAUUGUUUAAGGCUUUUGAACGCAGCCAUGCAGUGAUCUAAACACAUUCAUUACACAUGAAUACAGGAUAGAAGCAGGUUUUUUUCAACGUCUGCAUUUAAGUUACAAUACUCCCAUUUUCC